AUGCAGCACGCAAACAGCCGAUGGAGCUACUUAUUCAGACUACUCUAUCUGAUUGGCCAACUGUGGCCAACAAGUAAAGCUAGUUAUGUAGAGGACAAUUAUCCGGCAAGCGUGAUUGAAGAUGCGCAUCUGACAACGCUGCAAUUGUUAAGCAAGUACAAGUAUCCGGGGGAGUUGCAUAUUGUCACUACCGAGGACAAGUAUCUUCUGCAAGUGCAUCGUAUUGCCCGACCUGGAGCUAAGCCUGUGCUGCUGGUCCAUGGACUCGAGGAUAGUUCCGCGUCAUGGAUUAUAAUGGGUCCGCAUAGCGGACUAGGUUACUAUCUCUUUGAUGCCGGCUACGAUGUGUGGAUGGGAAAUGCUCGUGGCAAUCGCUACUCACGUGCUCAUGUCAAACUGAAUCCUGAUACGGACAAGGCCUUUUGGAGCUUCUCAUGGCAUGAGAUUGGUGUAUACGAUCUUCCCGCAAUGAUUGAUACGGUGCUGAACAAAACUGGUUACAAGAAGUUGAGCUACUUCGGUCACUCUCAAGGCACCACCACCUUUUUUGUGAUGGCAUCCAGUCGGCCGGAGUACAAUUCCAAGGUGCAUGUGAUGAACGCCCUCGCUCCGGCGGUUUUCAUGGAACACGUGAAGACUCCACUGUCGGGCAUGGCGAUCAAUUUGUUAAAAGUGAUUGGUGAUCAAUAUGAGUUGACGCGUCACUCGUAUCUGUUCUAUAACCAAUGCACCCGCUCUGCAGAAGCAAUGCGUCUUUGCUUGUUUUUCGCGUGGAAAGUGAUUGGCAAGAAUGUGGCUGAGCUGAACAUGACAAUGGUUCCAGUGAUAUUCGGUCACUUUCCUGCCGGUGCGAAUAGCAAACAGGGUCAACAUUAUUUGCAGGUGCUGCAAUCAAAUCGCUUUUGUGCCUACAACUACGGUACUACUGAGAACCAACGUAUCUAUGGGCGUGCCACGCCUCCGGACUAUCCUCUGGAGAAAAUUACAGCACCGGUUGCUCUGUACUAUGGCCAAAAUGAUUAUCUGUCAACUGUCGAGGACGUUGAGCGCCUGAUGAAGCGGCUGCCCAAUGUUGUCCUCAAAUACAAGAUGAACAAGAAAUCGAAUCACAUUGACAUGAUUUGGGGCAUUCAUGUCAGAAGCUGGAUUCAGCCACAAAUUCUUCAAGUGUUGCAAAUUUGGGAAGCAGGCGGUCCGCAGAAUGGCACAAAUGUAACCACUGAAUAUACAGAGCAAACGUCUUACACAAUUGAAACUGAGAAUCCGUUCACCGAUACUACGGCACAGACAGAUGCCACAACUGAUAUAUAGCAGAUUGGAUUAUUGGAAUAUUCUGAAUUAUGUUUUUUUUUAAAUUGGUGGAAAAUCAAAAUUUCUUGGCAUAUCUGUGAAAAAAGUUUUGUUUCUUAAUCGUUUCGCAUUUCCUAGAUGAGUGCGUAAGUAUUUGGGCCCUUAAGGAAAAGAAAAUUGGACUGAUGCAAACUCUUUCGAUAUGUUUAAAAUAAUACUUAAAAAUAUGUAUAAUCUUGAGAAAAUCAUUGUUCACUUUUUAAUCACCACACAGAUAUUUGAAAAUAAAAACUUAA